CCUCCAGCCGGAACUUCAAACCAGAGGAGAACCAAAUACCAGAGCUGCUCUUCACUUUCCUGUAGAAAGGAAUCUGGAUGGCUGCAGCGGCCCUGGGAAGAUGUCUCCUGAGCGGAUUCAGAGGAAACAGUCGCCUCGCGUUCUCUUCCUGUCGAAGAGCGGCCUCGCAGAGUCUUCCCGUCCGGUGCAGCGUUGCCUUGACAGCCAGAAGAGGCUACAGCUCGAGCGGAGGAGGGGCCGACUGCUUGUUCGCCAAGUCCCACGAAUGGGUGCGUGUGGAAGGGAAGACAGCCACUGUUGGUAUAUCAGAGUAUGCUCAGGAUAAACUGGGGGAAGUAGUGUACGUGGAGUUGCCAGUGGUAGGGACGGAGGUGGAAAAGGGGGACCAAGUGUCUGUUUUCGAGAGUGUAAAGGCCGUUGCAGAGGUGUACACCUCGCUCAGCGGAGAGGUCACAGAGGUCAACGAAGAGCUGGAGAAUUCGCCAAACCUCAUCAACGACGAACCAUUUGGCAAAGGGUGGCUGGCAAAACUACAGGUCUCCAAUGCAGACGAAGAAGUGGCAGACCUCAUGACACAUGAGCAGUACGAACAGUACAUUGCCCAAGGGGACGUAUAG